CUCCUCCUCUCUUUCUCUCUUCACAGCCUUCACUUGCAUGAGACGCCAUUCUCUCUUUCCCUCUCAACUCUAAACAUACCACCGCCGGAAACCCACCCCCGCCCCAAAAACCAUGGUAUCCGAAUCGGACCUCCUCACCCGGCUCCGCGAAAUCCUCAGCGCCUCCGACCUCGACACCGCCACCGCCGGCAGCGUCCGCCGCGAGCUCGAGAAGCAUUUCGGCGCCGAUCUCUCCGACCGGAAAGCCUUUAUCCGAGACCAAAUCGACAUUUACCUCGAGAGCCAGGUCGUCGCCAAUCCCCCGGAAGCAGAAGAAGACGUGGCGGAAGAGGAGGAGGAGGAGGCCGGCGAAGGGUCCGAGAAUGCGGAGCAAAACGACGACGUUAAAGCCGAAGAUGAUGUUGAGGAAGAAGAGGAACCGGUAGGCAAAGCUAGAAGGAAAAAAGCACCCAAGAAGGUGGACAAAGGAGGUGCAAAACGAGGUGGCUUUAAAACAGUGUACAGCCUGUCUCCACAACUCCAAGUAGUUGUUGGAGAGCCGGAAAUGGCCAGACCAGAGGUAGUGAAGAAAAUUUGGGCUUAUAUCCGGGAAAAGGAUUUGCAGGACCCAAAGAAUAGGCGGAACAUAAUAUGUGAUGAUGCACUGCAUGCCGUGUUUCGUGUCAAGUCUAUUGAUAUGUUUAAAAUGAAUAAAGUCCUAUCCAAGCAUAUAUGGCCGCUUAACAGAGAUGAUGAACCUGUAAAGAAAACGAAGAAAGUGGAAGAGAGUGAUCACUCUAUCUCUGAAGGAGAUGCAAGUAAUGUAGACGAGCAAGAGGCUGAAGACGAAGAAGAAGUAGUGAAAGAAAAAGGCAGUAAUCGAAAACAGACCAAGAAACGAAGUAGGUCUGCUAAAGUUGAUAAAGAAGUCAAGAAAAGGGGAGGUGGCUUUACCAAAUUAUCGAGCCUUUCUCCAGAACUUCAAAAAGUCACCGGAGUGUCAGAAUUGGCGAGAACAGAGGUUGUCAAGAAGCUUUGGAAUUAUAUCCGGGAGAACAAUAUGCAAGAUCCAAAUAAUAAGAAAGUCAUCAUAUGUGAUGAGCUAUUCCGCAACCUUUUUGAAGUUGAUUCUAUUGAUAUGUUUCAAAUGAACAAAGCUCUGUCCAAGCACAUAUGGCCAUUAAACCAGGAAGCAGCUCUAGACAACGAUUCACAAACAGAGAAGCAAUCUGGACAUGAGCAAGAAGAUUCGGAUGAAGCUGACCAUGACGAAAAGCGGCAGAAGAAAGAGAUUGAAAAUACAUAGAACAAAUUGAUUUGAAGGAUCCAUGAGGUAAGAAGAGAAUGAGAAUCAUUUGUGAUGGGGUGCUAAGAACCUUCUGAGGUUGAUUCGUUCAUUGGCCUCUCACUCUCAAAGCUUUUAACUGCUUCUGACAGCUUAGUUUAUCAAAUACAGUACAGAAUGAUGCCGAGUUGUACAUACUGUGAGCCAAAAGUGAGAGGGCAUUUUUGGACAACUCAUUAUCUCAGUAGCUUUGUAAUCUGUGUUCUGAAUAUCUUUCAAAAAAUGGAAAUAUAAAUUUUGAUAAA